AUGGAGUAUUUGUCAAGAGAAGAUCGUCUAAAACUGAAAUAUCCAGAUUAUUGGGAUCGAGAUCCUAGCGUCUGGGGAGACAUAAACGAUUGGGAUUCUUACUGGGUUAUGCAACCACAACUCGUGGCAGUUAAUAGAUGCAACUCCCACUCAUCUUUAUCAGAAGAGUUGAUUAACCUAAAGAAUAUAUUCGAUACCAUGAGUCCAGCUUAUAAGAAAAAAGAUGACAUUCAGAAUGUCAAGAUUUGGGAGAAUGCAGAUCAACUUGUUUCAUUAAAGAUAGAUUCUAAUAUAAUUGACUUGAAAUUGGAAAUUGAUAAGGCAAAGGGAUUUAAAGUAGCGCAACGAGGAUUGCAGGAAUAUUCUGAUGCAGAAUUUAAUAUUAUGCGAAAUGGUAUGUUUAGCUCAAGUUAUUUACCACUACAAAUAACAGAAAAUAACAAAAUUCAAGCCACUUCUGUAUCGUGGGUGCCAGAAAGUCAAAACUAUCAUGAAGUGCAAAAAAGAUCCAACUGUAAUGAACUAUUAGAUGAUAACAACGAUAUUAUAACCAACGGUAUGGAUAAUUGUUUGCAAAAGGCAGUGGAGUCUAUGGUUGGAAAAGUGGAAAGUGACAGAUUGAAAGUAGAUGAUGUUGAUUUGGAAGAAGCUUUUGAAAAAUACCGUGAUGAAUGUGAAAAUGAAUUUGAUUUAUGCAAUAGCGACAUUAUGGAUUUGAGACCCACUUCACGAUUGGCAAAGAUUAUUCCUGAAGCGACGUGGGAGAAAUUUAUCUUGGAUACAUAUCCUAAUCAUAAAAUAUCAGAAAAAUGGGAAAAUUCAAUACGAGAUUUCUUCAAGCCAAAAGAUACUCUAACCGAGUGGGAGAAAGCCUGGCGUGGAAUUUUCAACACAAGAAAAAAUAUUGAAGAUCUGGUGAUAAAAGAUAUAUUACAUAAUAUACUCUCCCCAUAUAUCGAAGCUUUUAAAGCACCGUUUAACAUACUGAAAUCUGGUGACUUGGAGGAAAAACAAUAUAACUCACAAUUUAUAAAUCCCAUUUUAAAAAAUACACUCAAGGCUAUUUGUGACUUGGAUUGGAGAAUCCUCGAGGUUCCAAUCAGAAGUAGCAAAUAUAGACGUAACUUUAAUAUCAACCCAUUUAUUGAUAAAAUUUUGAGCGCAAAGCGUGCGGAUGGCUUGGCUCGCCUGUGGCAAAGCCAGGAAGAAAUAUUUGUGUAUGAACAGACAGGAUCGCCGGAUGUUGAUGAUAUUACUGAUUUUUACGUCCACGAUUAUAGGUUGGUUCGAACUAUGCGCGAUGUGCUGAAUCAACGAAUAAUUCUUCGGCUAAACAAUGGUAUAAAAGAUUACAAUAACUUGGCGAGUUUUGGGGCUUUUGGUCAUCGUGAUGAAGUGUCUCUGUUUUGGUGCACGAUACACCCAAAAUCGUAUUGUUUACGUGAAUACGCAAGUUUUCAUAUACCCACAACAUGGCAAGAUCUUCCCGUCUUAUCUGAAGCAAUAAUUUCAUGUCUGAAAUUUUUUUCCUUCAUGAAAGACAACAUCAAAAAAAUCGAAUCACGUACCGAACAAAAAAUGAAAUUACUUUCCAAGCGAAAGGUUCAUACGGUAAUACCAAAUCCACCAACUCCUGAUAGAACAAAAAAGCAAAAUAAUCAAUCAAAAAAACAAAAGAAAUGA